GUCCACCUGUCAGUAUCCCAGGCGUUGGCAGAAAACAGACCGGGGGUGGUGCUAGUGAGCACCAUUAUUACCCAUGGCAUUUCCUACCCACACAGCGUGAGGUACAGUACAAGAGGCCAAACAAACAAACAUAUCCAACAGAUAACCAUUUUGUUUAACACAAAGUUCCUGAUGUAAAGGUGUUGUGCAUGUUGUUUAUGUCACAAAAAGAAAUGCACUUUCAGUAUUUUAUGUAUUAUUUCAUUGAGCUUAUUUCUAAUGGUAUCCUUUGUUUAUUCAUACCUGAGUUAGUAUUGGCAGUUGCUAAGUAUCACCGUUUUGCCUCAUUCAGCACAGCCAAAGAGGUGGAGGCCAUAGUAAGGGGGAGGGUUCAUGUAAGGUUGUCCUCAGAACUUGACUACCUAGCCCAGAGUAAGACGUCGCUGAAAGUGUCCCGACAAGACCUGCCCUAUGCCAUCAGUAAGGUGAGACACCUGUCCACCUGUCAAGGUUUGGACAAACAACUAAAAAGUCAGUCAAUUUAGUCUUAUUCAGUUUGAACACCUUGCUUGCCGGACUGUUGUGUGUGUGUGUGUUCAGGGUAUCUGUGGUGGCACCACUGUACCAGGCACCAUGAUAGCAGCAUACAGAGCUGGCAUCCCUGUCUUUGUCAACUGACUCAAAAUGGCUGUUAUUUAGUCAGGAUCAUUAUGAGCUGAUAAUAAGACACUAUAAGGAGUCUUAAAUCUUACACUGUCGUCAAUUUUACAAUGUAUUAUAACUGCUUCAUAAUGUUUUAAAGCUGUCUCUUUCUCCUGGCCUACAACGGGUCCUCUGUCCUUGGGUCUACAGAGCGGCCUGCUAUUGGCUGUGCCCAUCCCUGAGGAGCAUGCAGCAGCCAGCCAACAGAUUGGGGACGCUAUACAGGCUGCACUGGCAGAGGCCAUGUAAGGAAUGCAUUAGGCUCAAAAUAGAACAUAAUAUGAUUUUUCAUAUUGGCUGUAGUUGAAUUCCUAUGUUUUUGGAUAUGUCUUUUGCUUACUUAGGUAUUUGAUAGUCAUAUUGUGUUUUGUCAGUAUCGCUAUAGAGCCCCAUUCACUGAGCACUUAGUAAUUUGGUUCUCAUGGUCUGUCUGUGCUUGUGUUGUUUUUCUGAACGGUUAUUUCCUGAUCUCUAUAUAGCUGCUUGCAUGGCUGACAUCACAGGAAGUCUCCUUAUCAGAGUCUCUUUGUUGUUGCGCUGACAUGAGAAGAAAAUUUAAGUUUCAGUAUUUCACCUUAGUGGCACGAUUAGCUCUCUGUUGCCUUCUAUUUCCCCCUCUAGUGCUAAAGGUAUUAGAGGAAGAGAUGUGACGUCCCCUUCAUCCUUCAAAAGGUCAACGAAUUGACCAGAGGAAAGUCCCUAAUAAUCCACCAAUAAACCGAGGUAGAGAGAGAGAGGUGGAGAGAGAGAGAGAUGGAGAGAGAGAGGUGGAGAGAGGUAGAGAGAGGUGGAGAGAGAGAGGUAGAGAGAGAGAGGGAGAGAGAGAGAGGUGGAGAGAGAGAGAGGUAGAGAGAGAGGUAGAGAGAGAGGUAGAGAGAGGUAGAGAGAUGAGAGAGAGAGAGAGAGAGAGAGAGAGAGAGAGAGAGAGAGAGAGAGAGAGAGAGAGAGAGAGAGAGAUCAUAUCACAGAGUCACUCUCAGUGUAAGGUUAGAUAUUGUCAAAAAAGUUAAUGAUCUGUUGUUCUUAAAAACAAAAACAAAUUCUACAUAUAACUUUAUACGUCUGAACUUUUGUAUCUUCAUUACAUUGAGGUCCCUUAACCUCAUAUUCCCAAAGAUAUCGCUCUCAUACAUAAUAGUGGCAGGUUGGGCAGGUAGAUAGCCUGUGCACUGUCUGAACGAAUGCAGAAGAAGAGGACUAUUCCUGGUCUUCACGUAAAAGAGGAAGAUUCUGACUGUCAAACAUUGUGAGUACUAGUCAUAUGUUCCUCAUCAAAUACAGGUGAACCACUCUUAUCUUGGAGAGUGCAUCAUUUUUUCUCACUUUAGUUUUAGGAUGAUGGACAGUGUGUGACAUGCUUGCUGUACAAUACCACUGUGGCUUGUUUCUUUUUUUUAAAAUCACAGGUUGUCAUAGGUGGUGUGAACGUGGAUUUUAUUGCUAAGGGGAAAACAGAGAAGCUUGUGGUAUGUUCACAGAAACUCACACAAGCUUCACAUAGGCUUACAUCAAAGAUACUGUACUGUAUACUGUAGGCUUAUGUCUAUUAUAUUCAGAUUAUGUCAAUCUAACGGGUUUAUUUGGUUGCAGACAUAACUACUUUGAUAUUUGACAUUUGGACAGACAAUCCUGGAAUUGUUUGCCUUUGCCAGUCAUUUGGUGGAGUAGGAAGGAACCUUGCUGGUUAGUUAUAAUUUCAUUAUCUGCAAAACUUCAACUGUUUAUGAGGAUAUAAUUUACAAAUAUUACAUUGAGUUAAGGAAGUUUUAAGUUUUGUGAUGUUUUUCCCACCAGACUCUCUGAACAGAAUGGGACAAAGACCUCUGUUCAUCUCAGCCAUUGGAACUGUCUCUCACAGUGAUGCUGUACUGAACUACUCUCAGCACAUGGUACACAUGCAAAGAAGUUUAAGAGCGGUGUUGUGUGCUCUUAUCUCAACUCUAAAUCCGCCCCUUGAUGAGUGGUAACAACUAUUUGUUAUGACCAAAUGCAAAGCAGAAUGAAUCCCUCUCCCAUAGUAUUCUUGCAUGACAUUAAAUUGCUGCUGCUUCCUGUUUUAGCUAAGAACACCAGUGGUGUUGCCAGGCUUCAGGAGCAGAGGACAGCUACUUAUUGUGCUGUGAUCACUGAGAUCGGUGACCUGAGUCUCGGAUUGGGCGACAUGGACAUCUACCAGCGAAUCAGAGAACAGUAUGUGAGUAUUUCUGAAGCAGGUACUCCAGCUACAUUAAACUGUAAAGAGAGUCUGAUUUACGAGACAUCAAAGUCUACAAAUAUCACGUUGUUUAUUUUUAAAUUUUUUAUAGAAUAGCACUGAAAUAAUAACAACUUUGCCCAGGACUAAAUUAGAGGGAAUGUCUAAAUAUCUCUACAAACAGGUGUCCCAGUUUGAGGAAAACCUUUCAUCAGCCUCUCGUGUUUCUAGAUGGAAAUAUACCCGUAUCCAUAAUCGACUAUGUUUGCUCCAUCGCCAAGAAACAUGCAGUGCCAGGUUAGUAUGGAGAGCUGACCGCUUUGACAGUCAUCAAUAGUGAUCGAUCACCAUUUUCUCACCAUCAGUGCAUGUCUGUUUGAUCAGGGCCCAUUCACAAAGAAUCUGAGUAGGAGUGCUGAUCUAGGAUCAGGUCCCUCCUCUCCAUAUAAUCUUAUUCACAAUGAUUUAAAAGGAAAAACUGAUCCUAUAUCAACAUCACUUCUACUCUGAGACGCUUUAUACAGUUGAAGUCGGAUGUUUACAUACACUUAGGUUGGAGUCAUUAAAACUCAUUUUUCAACCACUCCACAAAUUUCUUGUUAACAAACUAUAGUAUUGGCAAGUCGGUUAGGACAUCUACUUUGUGCAUGAUACAAGUAAUUUUUCCAACAAUUGUUUACAGACAGAUUAUUUCACUUAUAAUUCACUGUAUCACAAUUCCAGUGGGUCAGAAGUUUACAUACACUAAGUUCACGGUGCCUUUAAACAGCUUGGAAAAUUCCAGAAAAUGAUGUCAUGGCUUUAGAAGCUUCUGAUAGGCUAAUUGACAUAAUUUGAGUCAAUUGGAGGUCUACCUGUGGAUGUAUUUCAAGGCCUACCUUCAAACUCAGUGCCGCUCAGCAAGGAAGAAGCCACUGCUCCAAAACCGCCAUAAAAAAGCCAGAUUAUAGUUUGCAACUGCACAUGGUGACAAAGAAUGUACUUUUUGGAGAAAUGUCCUCUGGUCUGAUGAAACAAAAAUUGAAUUGUUUGCCCAUAAUGACCAUCGUUAUGUUUGGAGGAAAAAUGGGGUUGCUUGCAAGCCGAAGAACACCAUCCCAACCGUGAAGCACGGGGGUGGCAGCAUCAUGCUGUGGGGGUGCUUUGCUGCAGGAGGGACUGGUGCACUUCACAAAAUAGAUGGCAUCAUGAGGAAGGAAAAUUAUGUGGAUAUAUUGAAGCAACAUCUGAAGACAUCAGUCAGGAAGUUAAAGCUUGGUCGGAAAUGGGUCUUCCAAAUGGAUAAUGACCCCAAGCAUACUUCCAAAGUUGUGCCAAAAUGGCUUAAGGACAACAAAGUCAGGGUAUUGGAGUGGCCAUCACAAAGCCCUGACCUCAAUCCUAUAGAAAAUGUGUGGGCAGAACUGAAAAAGCAUGUGCGAGCUAGGAGGCCUACAAACCUGACUCAGUUACACCAGCUCUGUCAGGAGGAAUGGGCCAAAAUUCACCCAACUUAUUGUGGGAAGCUUGUGGAAGGCUACCCGAAACAUUUGACCCAAGUUAAACAAUUUAAAGGCAAUGCUACCAAAUACUAAUUGAGUGUAUGUAAAGUGGUGAUCCUAACUGACCUAAACAGGGAAUUUUUACUAGGAUUAAAUGUCAGGAAUUGUGAAUAACUGAGUUGAAAUGUAUUUGGCUAAGGUGUAUGUAAACUUCCGACUUCAACUGUACAUACGGACCCUGAUGUGAUAAACUUGUGUUGCAGUGUGGUAUGAGCCAACUGAUUCUGACAAGGCAUGCAAGCCUCUCCUGUCAGACAGCUGGAAGGCCCUGGCCUACACCUCUCCCAACCUGGCUGAGCUGUGUACCAUGAACAAGACAUUAGGCCUUCCAAAACCUUCAGCUGCAAUACUUCAGCAAAGCUGUACUUGGAUAAUUUAUAAUGGCUGUAUGUUUUUCAACACCAUUCUUGGGGACCACCAACCGCUUCACAUAUUUGAACUAUUCCAACACUAGCAUAUCUGAUUUAUUAACCAGUCAACUUAUCAUCAAGCCCUUGAUCAUUUGAAUCAGGUAUUCUAGUAUUGGAAUUUAACAAAGAUAUGGAAAGGCUGGGGGUCCCCAAGGAUUGGGUUGAGAAAUACUGAUUUUGUUUAAGAAGGUGUGUAUGAUGAGCAUAUGAUGAAUGAGAAUGUGGUCUUGUCUUGUGGCGGCAGUGCUGCCUAGCUCUGUGGAGGAGGUUCUGAGCUGUGCCAUGGCUCUCACGCCCCUUAUUGGACCACCUGCACUGUGUGGUGGUGGUGACCCUGGGGGCCAUGGGAGUGCUGCUGUGUGGUGGUGGUGACCCUGGGGGCCAUGGGAGUGCUGCUGUCUGGUGGUGGUGACCCUGGGGUCCAUGGGAGUGCUGCUGUGUGGUGGUGGUGACCCUGGGGGCCAUGGGAGUGCUGCUGUGUGGUGGUGGUGACCCUGGGGGCCAUGGGAGUGCUGCUGUGUGGUGGUGGUGACCCUGGGGGCCAUGGGAGUGCUGCUGUGUGGUGGUGGUGACCCUGGGGGCCAUGGGAGUGCUGCUGUGUGGUGGUGGUGACCCUGGGGGCCAUGGGAGUGCUGCUGUGUGGUGGUGGUGACCCUGGGGGCCAUGGGAGUGCUGCUGUGUGGUGGUGGUGACCCUGGGGGCCAUGGGAGUGCUGCUGUGUGGUGGUGGUGACCCUGGGGGCCAUGGGAGUGCUGCUGUGUGGUGGUGGUGACCCUGGGGGCCAUGGGAGUGCUGCUGUGUGGUGGUGGUGACCCUGGGGGCCAUGGGAGUGCUGCUGUGUGGUGGUGGUGACCCUGGGGGCCAUGGGAGUGCUGCUGUCUGGUGGUGGUGACCCUGGGGGCCAUGGGAGUGCUGCUGUGUGGUGGUGGUGACCCUGGGGGCCAUGGGAGUGCUGCUGUGUGGUGGUGGUGACCCUGGGGGCCAUGAGAGUGCUGCUGUGUGGAGAGCACAACGCUGGGACUGUAGACCUGCAGCCUAGUAGAGAGGAACAAGGGUAAGGGUUGGGAAUACCUAUAGCAUACCAUGAUGGGAAUACCAUGAUGAUGGUGAUGGUGAUGAUGAUGGUUUUUGUUUGUCAGAAGGGUCGGCUAUGUGCCGUCCACUACCCUGCUUUGGCUCAGACCACAGAGGAAACAGUGAAUGUCUCAGGAGCAGGA